AUGGGGCAGCAUAACCUCCUCCCAAGGAGAUCGCUUCUGUUGUACUUGCUGCUGCAGGCGCUAAGGGCCAUUUGUGGCUUAUCAAGCGGUGGGGCUUCUCCCUUGCCUCUGGUCCUCAAUAUCUGUGCAUUCUGGAAAGCUACAGAAACAGCUUGGAAUACCUUACACUCAGGAGGCUCUGAACUGGAUGCAGUAGAGAAAGGUUGUGGUCAGUGUGAGAUUGAGCAAUGUGAUGGAAGUGUGGGGUAUGGAGGAAGUCCGGAUGAACAUGGGGAAACAACGUUGGAUGCCAUGAUUAUGGAUGGAACUCCCCGCCACCUGGUAGCCAUUUGCACGAAUAAUCCAGAUGUGCCUUGGUACAAUGAGAGUGUUAAAAUCUGCAUGAUUGUGAUUGGUCAGGCUGGAAGCAUUGCCGCAGGGACUUCUACAAAUGGUGCAAACCACAAAAUCCAAGGACGUGUAGGAGACUCGCCAAUAGCUGGAGCCGGAGCCUAUGCUGAUAGUACAGCUGGUGCUGCAGCUGCUACUGGGGAUGGAGAUGUUAUGAUGCGUUUCUUGCCCAGCUAUCAAGCUGUAGAAUAUAUGCGGACAGGAAUGGAUCCAACAAUGGCGUGCAAAAAAGUUAUUUCUAGGAUUCAGAAAUAUGUCCCAUACUUUUUUGGUGCUGUUAUUUGUGCCAACACAAGUGGAAGCUAUGGUAUGUCUUGCAAUAAACUUCCAGGAUUCACACAGUUUCAUUUUAUGGCUUGUAAUCCCAGUUUGAAGCAACCAUCUGAGGAAAUAGUAGACUGCAUUUAACUUCUUCCUUUCUCAACAACAACAUCUAAACUUAACAAGAGAUGGGGUGGGUGGAGACCCACAAUGCAAUCUCAUACGUGCAUACUCAAAAGGAAGCCCCAUUAAGUUCACUGGACCGUGAUCCCGAGUAAGUGACUGUAGGAUCACAACCUAAAUUAAAUUGCCGGAAUUUAUUUUUACAAAAAUUAAUUGCAUACAUAACUUACCCCUGGUGCUACAGGAGGGAGAAGUUCAAGAUGUCAGUGGUGUCUUUAGUAGUGGUGAAAGAACAUUAUUGGACAUAAACCAAACGUGAUGAGUAAAGUACAGUGGUGCCUCGCUUAGCGAUCGCUCAGUUGAGCAAUGAAAUUGCUUAGCGAUGGACUUCUGGCCAUCGCUGGAGCAAUCGCUUAGCGAUGGCCCCUAUGGGUAAAAAUCGUUUUGCGAUGAUUCAUAAUGUUCAUUUUUCCAUAAAUUUGGGUUACUAGACAUCUGUUUUAAAAUGUCUUUGAAUUUUCUACUUAAAAUACUUACUGGAUCUUUAAAAUUCAGUAUUUAAAUAGAUAAGAAAGGACAAGUUGCUUUAACUGAAUUUUUGAGUGAUUGUCUCAAUGAAUUCUUCACGUUAUCUUUGAAAUAUGGGGAAAUCAUACUUAAAAAUAAAUAUUUUAUGCAGAUUUGGAUAGUGAGUCAUUCUUCCCAGAUGCAAGCAUUUCCAGCAAAUUCUCUUCAGGAAUAGUUUAAGGAUUCAGUAUUGGAUUUGGAAAUAUUUUUCUCACUCCACAUUACAAAAUUUCUUAGGCAAUGCUGGACAGUUAUGGAUCAGGGAGGCUGUGGCUGGUGUUCACAUUUUCAUCUGCAUGAAUUCUAGAAUACUUUCUGAGUUGAACUUCUGAGUUGCAUGCUUUAACAUUUAGCCACCAGUCAUUGUCAUUUACUGAACAAUACUUCCUGGAAGGGGAAUUGGAUAUCUACAGGGGUCUCGUUGGUAAUUGCCAGGUGUGAAAUGCCACAUCAUCAAUUAUAGGGGCCCAGGAAACAAUCAGUCUCUUUCUUUUGGAACGAUAUUUUACUGAAUAAAUUGGAUGGUCUACAAAA